AUGAGACAAAUAGUGUUAGUGUUGUUUUUUAUAUCAUGUGCUUAUGCACAAGAUGAUUUUGGAAGUACCGGUGUUCGGGUAGCUAUAAAAAUUUACGACGACUGUUCAAAAUCUAACGAUUUUAUGAGGUGCUUGAAGAUGAAAGCUGUCACUUUAAUAGAAAGAUUUGGCCGAAUGGAUAGUUUAGCUCUUGCAAACGGAGUUGUAGUUAUGAGAACUCCCGAUGCACCUAAAGAUGAACCUGAACUUACUGAAGAACAAAUAGACCAAACCUUAGAAAGAUCGUCAGACGCCAAAGAUGCAACCCUCAACAAACUGCUUAUGGAGAAAAUAAGUCAUUUUAUUGGUUCGAGAUCCAUUCAGGUCACUUUACCGAAAAUAUCUGUAUCAAAGCUUAUCGAAGAAGGUCGGAAGGGAGACUUCGACUUCGGAUUUGGUGGCCAUGGGCACGAAAAAAAAGGUAAAGGAAAAGGAAAGAAGAAAGGUCACGACAAAGGCGGCUUGAUGAAGGGAAUGAUGAUGUCAAUAGCAGCAAAAAUGAUAGGCCAAAUUCCUCUAUUCAUCUUCGGUCUCCUAAUAUUAGCCAAAAAAGCUCUCAUUAGUGCUAAAAUUGCACUUCUCAUAUCUGGAAUCAUCGCUCUCAGUAAAUUGUUGGCGUCUAAACGAAGUGGUGGAGGUGGAGGACAUGGAGGCGGCGGUUCUACCAUCGUCGAAUAUGGGGCCGGUGGAGGUUGGCAACAAGGAGGCGGUGGAGGUGGCUGGCAGUACGGAGGUGGUGGAGGUGGAUGGGAUCGAGCGCAAAAUUUGGCUUACAAAGCUCAAAUCCCAAAAGUUAAUUGA